CAAUGAAAAAAGGCAAUCCGGAUCGCCUUCUCCGGCAUCACGGGUACACCAGGUGGUAGAUGAAUGAAGACGGCCGCCCGACCCUCCUUGGUAGUGUAAGAGUCUGCAUGGUAUAUAAUUGGUGGCAGAUAGCUUUGAAAAUCAGAAACAGUCGUCCUCUCUGAGAAGAAAUCAAGUCAAUAGCGGCUACUCUACUACUACUAGAAAUCAAGGUCUGAAGCAUCCAGCGAAACUACUUGCAGCGAAAAGAAUUCUACUAGUAAAUCAAUUCUCUAAUCCGAGUUAAGCUGCAGCUACUUACUGUAGCUGUCCGGACCCAACGGUGUAUCUCUAUUCCUAAACUACCUCAUAAUUUACCUCCGAUCGACUGUUUUUUCAAUAUGGCUUCAACGUCGAGCGUAAUUGCCCCGGAAAGUGUUCCGCCUACGGUCGCCGAGGUAACUGUGUAUGAGAAAAUCAUCGAGCUGAUGAACACAUUCAAGAAAACGCACGCGUUCCGGAGUGCAAUUGAGCUGGGUGUCUUCAAGGCUGUGCAUGGAGCAGCGCGGAGCGCACAUGACAUUGGUGCUAGGUGCGAGGUUCACGAUAGCACAAAGCUGAUCGCGCUCUUGGAUUUGCUAGCGGCCGAAGGCAUCCUUAAACGCUGCACACGGGGAGAAGGCGAGGAAGCGGUAAUACUUUACGAAAACAACCCCGGCGCAGAUCUUCUACUAGGCGACGAGGCGCUGCCAAACUAUGCAGCCCACCUGGGAACUAUGCUGGGCGAGACACAGGCUGAGAUGGCGCGAUGGGCUAAUUUGACGGAGAUCUUGAAGACGGGUGCAGUAAAGGAAAAGCCGCAGCAGCAUUCCCACAGCCACGGGCACAAGAGCACGGCUGAUGACGGAGCGGAGCAUGGUGAAGAAAAGAAAAAGGUCCGCAACUGUCAUGCUGUGGAUGACAAUGAUAAAGCAACAACCGAGGAAGAAGAGGAAUGGUCCAAAUUGUACGAAAUGUUUGAAGGGUUCAUGCGAAUUGGUUUCAACGUAGUUGCCGAGAAGUUCGACUUUUCCAGAUUCACUCACGUUGUGGAUAUUGGCGGAGGCACUGCACAGCUCUCCCGUAUCCUGUGCCGUCGCUACAAGAAUCUCAACUGCACCAACUUUGAUCUGCCGCGCAUGCUCCCUUGUGCCGAGAAGCGGAUGGCUGAAAUUGGCGCCGAUGUGGCUGACCGAGUUCGUCUGGUUGGCGGUGACUGCUUCAAGGAUGAUCUGCCAACGCCUGUUGAUGCUGUCAUUAUCGCUAACGUCAUGCACGGCUUUGACAACGAUGAGCUGAGAAGCCAGCUCGUGCAGAAAGCACAUGAUGCACUUUCUCCGGGCGGUGUGUUUAUCGUGAUCGAGGACAUCAUCAAUCCGGAUCACUCGAAUGAGUCCGCCUUGCUCUGGCAGCUGAGUAUGGAUGUAAUGAUUGCCUCGGCUGACCAAGGACACAAACAUCAUCACACCAUGCUCACACUGGACGGCUUAUCGGGGUGGCUCAAGGCAGCCGGAUUCCAUCGACAGCCUCAAGUGAUUCCCCUUGUUGGCAGCAUGCAGGCUGUUAUUGCCACAAAGGCUUGAUCUACUUUCUUUCGCUUAUGCUUAUGUUACAUUGUAGCAUUUCCGAAUAGUGUUACAUCCGUAUCAUAUUUGAUAACCUCUUUAGAAAUUUGGUGCAGUUCUUGUACUUGCUCUCAUUUCAAUAGCUGUCAAUUUGCUGAUUGCUGGUGCUGAUAGAGUAUUUUACCUGGCCGUCCUAUGUUCAAUCUUAUCACCUAUGCCAUUCUGAUUUGGCCUUUUUUUCUUCAGCCAACUCCCGGGCCGUGCAUCAAGAAUUUUUUCACUGAAUGGAUGAGUUUUUCUCCACCGUAACUGUCUCUAUUGAACGCCUCAGCAAGUUUCCACCGCAACCAUGCCAUCUAUCUCUUACUGACAUGUGCCAUUUCCUUGCAUGCCACCUAUUUCAUAAGUUUCUUUUCCAAACAUGUCACAUUCAUGUGGCGUAGACUACUAGUUUUUUCUGUAUUGCAAGUGGACUUAACCUGUAUGUAUCUCAAUGUACAACUUAUAUCCUGGGCAAGCCAGGUAUUCAAAAAAGAACUUGAAGCGAUCGA